CUGCUCACAAGUCGUUAUCAGCACGUAUCAUCCUCGAAGUCCCCGCGCAGGUCUCGCCCUGACUCUCAUCGUCGCCUUUGCCUCUCCCGUGCAGUUUCGCUUUCCCACCUCAACCGCCAUGACUGAGAAGCGUAAAGGCGGAAAGAAACGCUUUCUCGAUGUUUUACGUCGACCUCAGUCCUCUACGCCCGCGCAAGCUCCGAGACCUGCGACACCGGCUUCGACGUCGAACGGAUCUAAUCCUCUCACACACCUCCUGCCUUGGUCGCGUUCCUCGCCCACCCUGCAAAUACCGAGGUCGCGAAGCCUAUCUUCAAUUCGAGGGAAAUCCACCUCGCAGGAAGUGGGCCCGCAAGCACACUCGCUGCUCGAACAUUCGAAUACCCUCCUCCCAGCGGGCACCCCCGGAUCUGACGCUCUCAGUUCAGGCGACGACCAGCCUGCCAAUUCAGGCGACCCGAGGUCGCGAAGCCCACCUUCGUCUUCAACUCGGAGAGCAUCCACCUCCCGGGCAGUCCGCCCGCAAGCUGACUCGCUGCUCGAGCAUUCGGAUGUCCACUGGGAAGCGGGCACCUCCGAUUUUGACGCUCUCAGCUCAACCAGCAAGCCUGCCGAUCCAAGCCCCAGCGUCAAAUCCACUGCAGCGGGGAUGACAGGCCUAGCCGUCUUCAAGCGUGUGCUGGAGGUCACGGAGGGGGUCGCCGAAGUCUUUCCCCCUCUCAAGCUAGCCGUGGGAGGUCUGCUGGGAAUCCUCGACUGGGUCGAAACGGUCGUUGACGUGCAUGAAAAACUCAAGAGCAUCGCAGAGAAGGUGUCUUUCAUGACGACGAUACUUAAGAAGUACCAGUCUCUGCCAUCAGAUAGUCAGGCCGAGAUGAGAGAGUGCGCUAAGAAGGUCGCGGAUAUGAUCGAUAGAGUGACCAACGUCGUGCGGGAGAAACGCGAGCGUUACAUCAUUACACGCAUCGCUCUUGCUCCAGCCGACGUCGACGAGGUCGAACGACAGCUCCGUGUUGUCGGGGAUGCCACGGACCUUUUCCUUAUGCUGGUCAGUGUACGCCAAAUUGAGGGGUUGGGAGAGCUACGUACGCUCAAUCAGUCAUCGGAUGCGAAACUGGACAACUUGGUCCAGUUAGCUCUCAUGCAGCGGCUCGACCCGAUUGUAUCCGCGCAUCACGAUGCGAUGCAUAUCCCUUCCUGCACGGAGAAAACACGCAUCCAACUCCUGGACGAUAUAUAUACGUGGGCACUGGCGGAUGCACGACCGAUAUUCAUCCUGAACGGAGCAGCUGGAACAGGCAAGAGCACCGUCGCAAAGACCGUGUGCGCUGCGCUGGAGGGGAAAAGCCGCCUCGGAGGCAGUUUCUUCUGUUCUCGCGGCGGCAAGGCUGGGCAGCAGGAUGUAGAGUCCAUUUUCCACACACUUGCGUACUUCCUAUCGCACUAUUCACCCACAUUCGCCGCCGAAGUCGCUAAGGCUCUUCAAGAUGCCCCAGACGUCGCGAAGUUUGUGAUCAAAAAACAGUUCGAUGUCCUGAUCGCGAGGCCCGCCAAGAUCGCAUUCACCACGGCAGACGCGGCGCCGGUGCUUGUCAUCGAUGCUGUCGACGAACUUGAGUGGCCUCGCAGCAAUAGCAGUCCUACACCGAAAGAUCUCCUGGAUGUCAUUGUAGAUCAGGCACCUCAGCUGCAUCUCAAGUUCGUCGUCACCAGCCGGCCGGAGGCUGGCCUAUGGGAGGCAUUUGGGCCGCCCGACUCAGACUCACGGCGCAAGCAUGUGCGGCUACAUGAUAUCCCCCGAUUCGUCGUCGACGCCGAUGUUCUAAGAUAUCUGACGGUUGAACUCAAGGUCAUUCCGGCAUCCAAAGAUCAUAUCAGCACUCUUGCAGCUCGUUCUCAAGGCCUAUUCAUCUACGCGGCCACGGCAUGCAAACAUAUCAAAGCGCGUAACGCAUCUCCGGGGACGCGGCUCCAAGCACUGACUUCUUCACACGCGACCGCUCUCACUGGUAUCGAUGAGAUGUACAACUACAUCCUCGAGGAGGCUCUUCAGGGCUUGGAGAACAGCGAGGUGGAGGUGGUUCUACGGUGCUUACAUGCCAUCGUCUGCGUGCCCAAUCCCUUCUCUGUCCUCGAGUUUGCGCACUUGCUACGCCUCACCCCUGACCAGGUCCGCUAUGCGCUCGUUGCUUUGCAUUCCGUGAUCAACGUCCCCGACCCUGACGACGAUCACGGUUUCUUGACAACAUACCAUGCUUCCUUCCCAGACUAUCUCACUACACGGACGCGGUCUGGAUCAAAGCGAUGGGCGGCAGACACCGGAGCGACACAUCUCGACGUUUUCCUCGGGUGUAACAAGAUCAUGGAGACUGGCCUGUUCUUCAAUGUGUCAGGUUGUAGCACAUCAUACGCUAGCAAUGCAAAGCAGCCGUCGCGUCACGCACUCCCUUCGUAUCUCGCGAUCGUUUACGCGUGUCGAUUCUGGAUCGAACACCUGACCAUGUCGUCCAUCUCGGAGGAACGAGCGACUCAAGAUGUCUCGGCUUUCUUCGGAAAGCAGUUCCUAUACUGGUUGGAGGUGUUGAGUAUCUGUAACCACGCGGAUGUAGCCUCUUCACUGGUCAAGAGGCUGGAGGUCUGGCUCCGGGACAAGCAAACCACUCGAAGCACGGAAAACGCGGAUGUGUCACGAUGUCUGCGACUUCUGCUGGACGCGUAUGACUUCCUCAUUCGCUUCCGGACGCCGAUCGUCAACAGCGCGCCACAUAUAUACAUCUCGGCUCUCGCAUUCACGCCUCCGGAGUCGGAGAUUGGCCAGGCAUAUCUCGGUCUGCUCGAGCGUGGACUGAAGGUGGAUACUGCGGAACGGCUCACACCGUUACCCCUCCUGAAGAUACACGAGCAUUCUCGGGAAUCCAGUAGGCGAGCAAUAGCCUUCUCAGCCGACAGCAGUUGGAUCGUGUCUGCCGCAGAUGACGGCGUCCGCCGCUGGGAUGCAAGGACAGGGGAGUCAAUUGGCCAGCCGCGGCAGGGACCUGACGUUCCGCAUCCUCUCCUCGCGCUCUCACCGGACGGAUCUCACGCUGUGUCCUGGGACGCCUGGUACUCGAGUGCCGUCCAUAUCUGGGACACUACACUGGAUCGCCCCAAUGGACGGUCGCUCAAAGUACCUAUGGAUGCCACAUCCGACAGCGUGGUACUAGUGUUCUCGCCCGAUGGCAAGUGCGUCGCAGCCGGUAUCACGAUGCCGAAAGGUCGCGACUUCGCCAUUUGCAAAUGGGACGCGGACACGGGUGACCCCAUCGGCCAACUGCUUGAACUGGCAGGAUCGGCGUGCGACCACAAGUUUGAAUCGAUUGCGUUUGCGCCCAAUGGCAAGCGAAUCUUUGCAGUAUUCGAAUGGAUUGAAAAGACUGGGUUGUGGGAUGCAGAGACAGGCGCUGAGAUUGCAGCACCAUCGGAUUCAUCGGCAGCUACAUUCUCACCAGACAGCGCAUUCGUUGUGUACGGGGAAGUCCGUGGUGCUAUUGAUGUCCGGGACGCGGAGACUGGUGAUGCAAUUGGACAGCCGAUCCAGGGACACACAGAGGGCGUGCUUUCGCUCGCAUUCUCGCCGAAUGGCAAGUUCAUUGCGUCCGGGUCAGAGGAUACCACGGUCCGCGUCUGGUCCUUCGAGCAUGGCAGACUUGCCGGUCAUCGGGUGCUGAAGGGACAUACAGCCUCCGUCGUAUCGGUCGUCUUCUCGCCGGAUGGACGCCUCCUUGCAUCCACCUCGGAAAACGGGGAGAUCUGUAUUUGGGAUGCAGCCCAGACUACUACGGGGCACACGAAUUCAUUUGGCGAGCGGCCCGGGCACACUGGGGGCGUGAGGUCGGUCGCGUUCUCGCCGGACGGCCGACAGCUUGCAUCUGCGUCGCGAGACGGAACUGUUCGUGUCUGGGAUGCACAUACAGGUGCUGCAAUCGGAGAGCCGCUGCUGGGACUAGGUCACGACUGUGGCUGCUGGCCAAUAGCCAUCGCAUUCUUGGUGAAUGACAACAAGAUCAAUCUUGUAUCUUGUUCAAAUUGGCCCCACUCGAAGGACUACGACGGUCAUCGUGGUCCUGCCAUCAACGUGUGGGACAUGGAGACGAGCAACUCUGGUGAACGGCCACACAAUGGAUACUGGGGAAAGGAUGGUACGCGCGCAUGCGCGCUCUCGCCGGACGGCAAGCGGAUCGCACUUGAGUCGGAGGGGCAGGAGGAGUCGUCCACGGAGAUUAUCGAAUCGGCGAAGGGCGCCCACAUCGUGGACCUGGACAUGUCAUCCCAAGCCGAUCGCAGCUUAUCCGCCACCGUGACGUUCUCGCUGGAUGGCAGGUUUAUUGCAGCCUGCUUCUACGAUGACACCAUUCGGGUUUGGGAGACAGACACUGGUACCCGGGUCGCGCCGCCGCUCGAGGCAGACAAAUGGCGUGGGGAUCGUGUCGCGUUGUCGCCCGAUGGCAAGCUCCUUGCGUAUGGCUCCGAUUAUUCGGUGCAUGUUCGCAUUUGGAAUCUCGAAACCCAUAUCGAGCAGUCAGGCAUAGAAGACGCAGGCACAGUGGCGUCACUUGCGUUCUCGCCCGACGGAAAGCACCUCGCGUCCGCGUCGUAUGACGGAACGGUUCGCGUCUGGGAUGCUCAGACGGGUGCUCUGGUCCUACCGCCUCUCACAGGACACACGGAUACGGUGUGGUCAGUCGCAUUCUCGCCAGACGCUCGGCACAUCGCAACCUGUUCAGACGACGACACUAUCCGUAUCUGGGACGUGACCGUUGGGGCCUCGCAUGCACCCGUGAUCGUGACGGGAUCCGGUUCACCCUCCCUCGUCGAUCUCUGGGAGUCGCGUGGUGCGAAAUUCGAUAUGACAGAAGACGGAUGGAUCGUCGGCCCUCAUAAAGAGCUCUUUCUUUGGAUUCCCCCAGAUUAUCGCACUGGCUUAGUGUGGCGUCGGAUGACCGCAAUCAUAAUAGGCAUACAUUCCGUUCGUCUCGACCUCCGCGACUUCGCACACGGCUCGACAUGGACAGAGUGUUGGGGGUCGGCGUGAAGUGGCGGACAUGAUCGUGCAUCUGAGGUCUCGGCCCUGCUGCUAUGAUGGACUGUAAAUUGGCGAAUUCAGCUGAACGGGCUGGUGUGGAGGUGUUCACAUUACAACGCAUACACAUGUAUAU